UCAAGCUCCAUAGAUCGGCUGUGAGCUGAGCCCUUUGCCAGGUGUGACGGACCAUUUGCUUGUGCAGGGCACCCGUGGGUGCCGUAAGACGCGAGCGGGUUCGCCAUGCCCAAGAAGACGAAGAAAGGCAAGGAGCGCCUGGACAAGUUCUACAGCUUGGCAAAGGACCAGGGCUAUCGAGCGCGCUCAGCUUUCAAGUUGAUCCAGCUGGCAAAGAAGUUCAACUUUUUGUCCAAGUCCAAGGUAUGCCUCGAUCUUUGCGCAGCGCCUGGAGGCUGGUCGCAGGUGGCGCAGCGGAACAUGCCCGUCGGGUCGAAGAUCAUCGCCAUUGACCUGGCGCCCAUCAAGCCUCUCCCUGGCGUGACGUGCAUACAGUCUGACAUCACCACGGAGAAGUGCCGGCAGCUCGUGAGAAAAGAGCUGCAGGGUUCCAUGGCAGAUGUCGUGCUGCACGACGGGGCCCCGAAUGUGGGCACAGCUUGGGCGAAAGAUGCCUAUGACCAAGCAGAGCUCACCCUGCAUUCGCUGCGCCUGGCUUGCGACUUCUUGCGGGUGGGAGGCGUUUUCGUGACCAAGGUGUUCCGAUCCAAGGAUUACAACUCUUUGCUUUGGGUCUUCAACCAGCUUUUCAACAAGGUGGAUGCCACCAAGCCCACAGCCUCCCGAAACGUCUCUGCAGAGAUCUUCGUGAUGUGCAUAGGUCUGAAGCAGAGCAGAAGCAAAAUCGACUCAAAGUUCUUUGACCCCAAGUGGGUUUUCAUGGAAACCGUUGAAGAGCCCCAGGAUGAAGGCAAGAAGCCCGGCGCAUCUCUAACAGAGUACUUCAAGAAGAUGAAGAAGAAGCACAGAGAUGGGUACGAGGAGGGUGACGACAUGCGCAUCAUUCCUGCCCAAGACUUCAUCGCCUCAGACAAGCCGGCAGAGAUCCUGAUUAAAGCCCACAAGCUGAAUCUGGAGGCCCCAGGAUGCGAGCCUUUGGCCCGGAACCCGUUGACACGGGACGUCGUGGAUCUGUGCCAGGAUCUGAAGGUGCUUGGCAAGGCAGACCUGUCGCAGCUCUUAAAGUGGAGGAUGAAGAUUCUCCGAGAGCAACAGAAGAAUCAGCGGGAGGCAGAGAAGAAGGCGAAAGAGGAUCCCACCACCUUGGCAGUUCGUGCGAAAGCAAAGCUGCAGGCGGCAAAGGCAGCUGCCAAGAAGGCGGUGGAUCGCGGUUUGGCUCCAGACCUGGACAGUGCCAUUGCGCAGUUCUUGGACGGGGCUGAGUUGACCGAAGGUCCAGAAGGUGCUGCCAGCGCAUCUGAGGAUGAGGCAGCAGAUGACCGAUUGGAGCAGGAUCUGAAGCAACAAAUCGACAAGCGAAGGAAAGAAGAUCGGAAAGAGGCAAAGAGAAUGAUGGACCGUCAGAGGAAACAGGAGUGGCGAAAGAAAAUGAGCUUGGUCACCGGACGGGGAGGAGCAACGGGCGAGCAGCCCGAGCUUUUCCGCGUUACGGACAAGAGUGUCAAGGCUCUGGAAGAUGACUCGGCCAUUCCCAACGAGUGCCUCAGCGAGGAGGAGCCAGACACGGAAGCAGAGAAGGAGAUGGAAAGGGCCAGGUUUGAGGCUUCCGACUCGGACGACGACCAGAUGGACCGACUAGCACGCAUGGAGGUGGACCUGGCCUUGGACUACGAGAUGCGCAAAGCCCACCUGCUGCACAAGAAGAGGAACGUCGUUCAGCGCACAGAGAAGGCGAAGAAGGAGACUCGCCGCCAGCGGGUUGUCCAGUCCUGGGCUGCGGAGCUGACGGACUUCAGCGAGCGCCAGCAGAGCGAAGCCAAGGCCCUGCAGGACCUUGGCGAAGACGCUCUUGAAGACGAGGAAGAUGACAGCGACGAUGAUCUCAAGGCCUUGCGCAAGUUCCAGGAUAUGAUGCAAGAAGCGGAGGAUGCAGAGGAUGGAGAGGGCGGUGACCGUAUCGACGGUGCCGCACUUGAAGCUCUGGCAGAUGGCCCCGAAGAGGAAGGUGAGGACGAGGAUGGAGGUUGCCUGGCUAAAGCACGAGAAGGCAAAGGCAAGGCCAUUGCGGACGCUGAGGCUGAGAACGAGGAAGAAGCUGAGACGCCGAAGCUGCAGCUGGCUGACCGGUCGGAGACUGCGCUGGUGCCUCACACAGAGGAGGAGCUGCGCGGGGAGCAGAGGGCCAGCAGAUGGUUCAGUCAAGGCAUCUUUGCCGGCCUCAAAGGCAAGCGGAGUCUUGAAGACUCGGACUCCGAUCAGGAGGGCGAGAUGCACGAACUCACCGACGCGCAGCUUCCCAAGCUGCCGCUCACGGACAAGGCAAAGCGGAAAAUCGAAAGGCGGAAGAAUACGGAAAGGCUCGAGAAGCUUGGCAUCAAACCCAAGAAGAAGGAGGAGGAGGAGGAGAAGGGCGGCCUCGAGGUUGCACCGCUGGAGCCUCCAAAGCCGCUCGUGCCAUCUCAGCCAUCGGAUCCGCGGGAGCUGGCUGAAACCUUGGCCAUCGGAUCUUUGCUCGUCGAAUCCAAGAAGUCCAGGAUGGACCUCUUGGAUGCGGGGUACAACAGGUACACCUUCGAUCCGAACCCAGCAUUGCCAGUCUGGUUCCUUGAUGAUGAGGACAAGUAUAACAAGCCCGAGAUUCCCAUCAGCAAGGAGCAGUUCAACCAGUUCCGCCAGCGGCUUGCGGAGAUUAACAGACGGCCAAUUAGGAAGGUUGCGGAGGCCAGGGCUCGCAAGAAGAAACGCAUGGCCAAGAAGCUGGAGAAGUUGCGCUCCACCGCCAUGGCCCUCGCAGAGACGUCAGACAUGAGCGAGCAUGCAAAGGCGCGGCAGAUGCGCAAGGCCGUGAACAAGCUGGCCAAGCAAGACCAGCGCCCGGUGACAAGUGUUGCCAUCAAGAAGGGCGGCGGAGGGCACAAACUGGACAAGAAGAAGGUGCCCAAAGGAGCGAAGGUGAAGACUGUUGACAGAAGGAUGAAAGCUGAUCUGCGUGGAGAGAAGAAGGCGCGGAAGCGGAACCCCGGCAGAUUCAAGGUGCAGCAGCGAAAAGUGCAGCAAAAGAUCAACAAGGGAAAGAGGAGAGGCAUGGGCGACAAAGGUACCAAGACAGGAGGGAAGAAGCGGAAAGCUCCAGCAUGAGGGCGGAGAUUUGCGCCCUGUUAAUGCACCAGCGCCGGAGAAACUCAGGACAAGAUUGGUUGUAUGACAAGCUGCACCAGCCACACCAGCCACCAGCCGAAUAAUUCCCCGAGUUGCACUGAUAUUCGGUGACUUCAGCGACCUCGGAGACUUUCUUAGUGUGUUUGGCGCAGUCUCAGAGUCUCACCCAGAAAAAGGAGCCCAGGAGCCCCAGACACCCAGUGCUUUCACCA